GAAAUAUUGUUAUGUUCAGUUUAUACGGCGGAGCAAAAUAACAGCUUAUAGUGAAAUGAUGGCGAAAGGAUUGCUAUUUCUGAUAGUCACGACUAUGAUAUCACCCGUUUUCUGCGACUGCCCACUGGACAAGAUACGGAGCUUCGGGAAGUGCUCAUUCCAUAUUCAAUGCAAAACAGACGUACGCGACGUGGCGCUUCCUCCCCACUGCCUGGGUUCAACCAACGAUCCUGUUAUAAUUGAUCUGGUUCUCAACAAUGCCAAAUCAGACAUGUUUGAUAUCAAUAAUCGUGACCGCGAGAUUCUUUAUAGCGUGACAACAUUCAGAGUAUCCGGAGUUUUUCCCAAAACCAACUUGUCUAUGCUGGAACACAUGCCACACCUUAGAGUUUUAUUCUUGGUUAAUAAUCGGAUGGAAAUUAUUUACGGCAGCCCCUUUUCCCAGUUACGUCACUUAGAGCAUUUGGAUUUGUCGCAUAACAAUUUAACUGACAUUAAGGAUCUGUUGCAAUUCAACACAUAUCCAAGUAGAUUCAGAAUUCUGGUAUUAGCACACAAUGCAAUUGAAAAAAUUCCAAAUGUCUCUUUUAACGGACUCUCGUCUCUAACUGAAUUGGAUCUAUCGUUUAACCGCAUUUCCGACUUGAGUGAUAACCCUUUCCAAAACUUAACCAGAUUGGGAAUUUUGAAACUCAACAAUAAUAGAAUAACUGAUCUAAAUGGUGCCUUAAACGAACUACACACAUUAAAACAUUUGUUUUUAAGGGGCAACCAAAUACAGAAUUUUAAUGCUCAAUCAUUAGAUAUAAUUAAGGAAUUGGAGACUUUUGAUUUAUCAUCAAAUCAAUUGGAGGAUUUAAAAGAAGUAGUGUUUGUAAGGCAUUGGAAGCAUUUUGACACUAAUUCUGUGUGUAAAAUUUUACUUUCAGACAAUCAAAUCAUCGCUAUUCCUAAUGUCAAGUCUAAAGAAGUUUUUGAUAGAUAUGUUAGAUCUGUCCCCGGAUAUGGCAAUAAUAUAUUUACUGUUACCACCGAGCUGGAUUUAUCUAAUAAUGCAAUAUCAAAUAUAAGUUACAAUGCAUUUCAACCUCUCGUUCGCCUUGUGUCGCUUGAUUUAUCUCAUAAUAAAAUCACAAACUUUGAUGUUAACCCUAGAGACAUGAUUUACGUAAAAUAUCUGAAUCUAAGCUGUAACUUCAUUACUAAUUUAAAAUUUGACAGUUUUCAAUCUAUGCAUAACUUACAAAAUUUGGAUUUGUCACAUAAUGACUUAGAAAUCAUUCCGGGUCAUACUUUUACAAACAACAAUAAAUUAAAAUAUUUGAACAUGACCGAUAAUCAAAUUGAAAAACUAGAACAUUUCAGAAUAAAAAUGUUCGACCCUGAAGGGGGAGUACUAGAUUUAUCAAAUAAUAGUAUAUCUCAACUCAGUAUUCCAAAUGGUGAAGGAUUGCAUUUGAAUAUAUUAGUAUUGAAAGCUAAUAUGAUAGCAGAUCCUGCUUUAAUUUAUUUAUGUUAUCAAAACAAGUUGGAAACAUUGGACAUGAGUGUUAAUAUUAUUCAGGAACUGAAAAAUAAUUCUUUAAAUCUGCCGGUCACAUUAUCUUCGUUGGAUCUCUCGAACAAUUCGAUUGCAAAAAUCCAUCCUGGGACUUUCAAACGGAUUGAACAAUUAAGGACUUUGCGUUUAGCAUUCAAUAAAUUAACGGAAAUAGAAUACGGUACAUUCCAAGAACUGAAGCAUCUAAGUUAUUUAGAUUUGUCUUAUAACAAUAUCACCAAUCUUGAUUCCAGAGUUAUGACUGAUUUGAAAUCUUUAAGAAUGCUAUCGUUGAAAUAUAACGGUUUAUACACUCUAGAUUACAAAAUUUGGCUUGGUCAUCAUUUUGAUUUGAAUGUAUACUUAGAAGGUAACAAUAUCUCUUGUGAUUGGCUAGCUGCGGCUUUGAAUGAUUAUAAUAACGGUUUUUCAAAGAUGAAACCGAUUGCUCAUAUGCGGUCAUCAUCGGGUUAUUCCCUUGAAGGUAUACCUUGUGAACAAGACGCCCAUCAGUUGUCGAAGUUGACUACGGUGAUGGCAGAUGAAAGGUUACUUGUUGUAGUUCAAAAAAUCCUAAGAGCUGUAGAGCACCAGAACGACUUAUAUAAAAGAAUAUUUAUGGGGCAUGAAAUUAAUCAUAAAUCAGUCAAUUGAAAAAUCGUUGUCCUUAUUUAGGUGUAUUUGUAAUGUUUUUUAAGUAGUUUGUAUUUUAACAAAAAAAUCGUUUCAGAAAUACUUAUACUAUUUUUGAAAGUACAAAAUGUAAGUACGUUUUGAUCGUGAAUCGGAGCUGCUGAUAAAGUUUGAAUCUUCUAAUAAAUAGUCUGCUAAUUCCUUUCGGUUGCCAUGGCAUUUGAGGUUUAGUAUUUACUUGCAAAAUAAGAUUAUUUAGUCUGUAAACGUUUUGACUUUUCUAGUUUUCAGUACGAAACGUGUGAACGCUUCACAAAAUAUUCUUGAAUGCCAUUUGUACUGGUUUCGUGUUGGGAAAAAUAAUCUUUUGUCGUAACUAUUUGCCAAUCAUGUACAGGAAACCAGGACAUGCCCAGGUGGGAGAGUUGAACUAUCUUUCAAAAUAUUAUUUAAAUUGAGUGCAAAAUAACGCCAAUUCGUUUGUUGGUCACAUGCGACAGUUUUGUUUUGAUUGGCGCCCCGCAUGUGACCGAUAAAUGAGUUGACGUUUUGUUUGCGUUAAAUUUAAAUAUGACACAUUUUGUGAGAUUGGUCAACUCUCCCACCUUAAGUCUCACGGUUUCCCUCUACCUACUGGACAUUCAUUUGUUAAACAAAGAAGUGAAUACAUUAGUCAAGCAAGAAUGAAAACGGCAGUGAUUACUGAGUUAGUGGUAAGAAUAAGUUUGUUAGCAAAUAAUUAUUGUUCGUUCAUUUAUAACAAUUUUUGUAACAAUUUGGAGUCUUCAACAUUGUUAUUGGCUAACAUAAUUUAAUAUGCAUCUUUCUAUCUAAAUGUUUUACUAGGAAAAUAAUCUUUAGCUUCAUAAAUAUACUAUUUAAAUGUUUAAAAAUAUAAUAUACUUUCUUCUUCUUAAUUAAUUCGAAAGGCCAAUUGUUUGCAAAUUGGUCCAUCGUUAAUCAUUGAUGAAUAGUAAAAGGAAAUAAUAAACAAACUACUUAGUGUGCAUAAAUUCUGAUAUAUUUUGUUCAAUAAUUUGUAACAUUAACUUAUAUGUUAAGUUAAUGUUACAAAUUAUUACAGUUCAUUUUUGUUCAUGAAUUUGUAUUAUACCUGUAUUUAUCUUGUCACUUGGUUAUGCAAACGAUUGUG